AUGUCGAAGCCCAAAAACUGGCCCGGCCACCUCCCCUACCUCAAGUGCCCGCUCCACGCCAAAGACCUGACACCGAACCAACGCCAGGCGCUGUGCGCGAAGCCGGCCUCCGUGCCCUCCAUCCCCGCUUCGUCAACCCUCACGCCCUCCCCCAACGUCAAGAUACAGUCGAUUCGUGAUGCGUCACACCCGGCCAACGGCCAGCUCGGCCUGUUUGCGGCCCAGGACCUCAAGCCGGGGGCAUUUAUACUCGCGUACCUGGGCAGAGUGCACGGCGGGGCCGAGUCAUCGGAGGAGAGCGACUAUGACCUGUGGCUGGACAAGGAGGCCGACGUUGCGGUGGAUGCUGCGGCGGAAGGGAACGAGGGCCGGUUUGUGAACGACUACAGGGGCGUGAGGGACAGGGCGAAUGCUGUUUUCGGGACGGGCUGGUGCGAGAGAUGGGGGCAGGUUUGCGUAGGCGUUUGGGUCUGCGGGAAGGACGGCGGCGGCGGCGGCAGCGGCAAGGGCAAGGGGAAGAAGGACGGGGGCAUACGGAAGGGGGAGGAGAUAUUGGUCAGCUACGGGAAGGGAUUCUGGGAGGAGAGGAAUCGCGGGGCGUAG